UUAACAACAAGAAUUUGUAAAAAGUUUCCUUGUCAGAAUCAGUGUGAGAGAUCCUGAUGUGCCUAUCUGUAGUGGAUUGUACCAGAGCUGUAGAAUCUAACAAUUAACAUUCCAAGUGUUUUUCAAUAUAUCGUGUCACAUGUUUAAUCAGGAAAAACGCCUGCAAUAAACACUAAUCCACAGGGCAAAAUUGGAUAACAAUUUGAAGAUUAUUCUUAAUGAAUUAUGCACCAUGGCAUGUGGCGGAAAUUCCUGUUAUUUUGGAUUUGGAUUGUUCCUGCUCAUACUUGGACUGGUAAUUGAUGUAAUAGGAGUGGCCUCUCCAUACUGGAUUUUAGCUGACGAGGAUGGAGUAAAGGUGAAUGGCGGAUUGUGGCAGAUGUGCACUUCCGCAUCAGAUGUUUCAGAGUGUUCCGACUUUACUAAAGUUCAAGAUUGGCUUAAAGCUGUUCGAGGUUUUGGAAUAUUGGGAAUUCUCCUUCUGCUGAUAGCCGUCUUGACUGCGUUUGUUAGAAUUUGUAUGAAGGACAGAACAUGCGUACUAGUUUUCACCAUUGUGCUGUCCUUUAUGGCAGCUGUUUGCAUUGUGAUAUCUGUAUCUGUAUUUGGAAAAAAGUACAACACCAUCGUCAAAAACAGCAGUAUUUUCAGCUUUCACUAUGCCUUCGUUUCCUGCAUUCUUUCAAUUAUCAUUUCGGUAAUCGCUGGAAUAUUCAUGAUAGUUGAGGUAGCAAAAAGAUCCCCCUACACAUCCAUGACUGGACGAUAGAAUAGUUUUGUAUGGAAAAA